CGCACGCCUCAAGAGGCAACGCGCGUUCCAAGUAAUAUAUAUUUCAGUGUUGCAACAAGAUGACAAGAAACAAAUCUAGGCGCUUAAAAAAGUCUAUUUGCACAUAACUUCCCGUGACUUAAUUUUUUGCUGAUUUCCAGAGCAAUUUGCUUAAGUGUUGUUUUGAUCGUUAAUGUCGAGAAAAAGCAGUUUGAAUCUCGCGACUCGCAUGCUAAUGCACCCCGAUAUCCCGCGCACGUGAUAAAGUACAAUCGGACGGUGCGAAGUGUGCCAGCGGUGCAAAAAGUGUUCCCUCUCCCCCCCGUUUGCGAUAUCGCCUUUGCGUCGCGCGAUUUAAAUCGCCAUCUGACUCGUGUCUUUAGUCGAUGGCACACCUGUGUCCAAGAUGGCGUCGCUCAUUGACAGCUACGAACAGCAGUAUGCUGUUUUGACAGCUGACAUCACCGCGAAAAUCGGCAGAAUAAGGAUCCAGAGUGGCGGUGAGAAAAGAGCCCUUAUUCAGGAUGUGGACCGGCAAAUUGAAGAAGCUCAAGAACUGCUGGAGCAAAUGGAGUUGGAGGUUCGUGGGAUGAAUGGAACGGCUCGCGAUCGGCUACGCAGUCGUGUAGAGAGUCACAGGGCAGAAUUGAAGCGCUUGACUCAGGAGUUUCAAACGGCGAAGAAGCCAAGGGAGGACGUUAUGGAGAUUACCGUGGAGGAAUCCUGGGAGAACAAUGUGACAGAAGACCAGAAGAAAAGAUUGCUGGAUGCGUCCGAGAGAAUAGAAAGGACAGGACGAACGUUACAGAAUGGCUAUCGUAUGGCGUUGGAAACGGAGGAGAUCGGAUCGCAGGUGUUGAAGGAGCUGCACGAGCAGCGAGAAACAAUACAGCAUGGCAGAGGAAGGUUACGGGAAACAGAUGCGGAGCUAGGACGGGGGUCUCGAUUAUUGUCGGGAAUGAUCUACCGCAGCCUCCAGCUGAGGAUUAUUUUAGCGGCGGUGGCGUUAUUACUCACAAUUGUCGCUUGCAUUGUGAUAUACUAUAGUUUUAAGUCUAAAAGUUAAAGAACGUACACUUUCUUCGGCCGGAUGACCGGCUUGUGGAAGCCAUAUUUAUUAUCAGAGAAUUCAAAAUGUUAUUUCUAUCAAAUUGCGAGGUUCGUUAGGUAAUUAUGUGAUCAUCAUUAACUGUCGUGUCGUCUACUGUCCGACUUGCUCGGACUUGUUUGUCACAUUUUGCCUCGACGAGCGACCAUCAUCGCUGUGUACAUCUUAUUAUCUCAAAUUUGAAUUUACCUCACGUUGGAUGAAUCGCGGCUAAUAUAGAGCAGAGAGAGAGAGAAUGUCAUUGAACAAGAGAAAAAAAGGUUAACCAAUGUUAUGUAAGUUUCCUAUAUAAAAAAAAAAAAGAUUGAACAUCCACAUGGCAGAAAGAUGAAGCUUGAAACGGUGCGACCAAUGAGUCAAUUUGCUGAAUCGAUGGAUGAUUACCAAAUGCGUUAUUCCGAAAUGCGCCGCCUGAAAAUAUUCGGAACGUUGCGAGAAAGAUCGCAAAAGCCCUUUGGUACAUAACAUACAUACACAAUUGUUAUAUGAGAUGGAUAUACGGAAGUUUGAUUGGUCGGUAUCACAUCUUGCGUUCUGAAGAUACUCCGAAUCACAAAGUGUAUACGUAUGCAUACGUAUAUAUAUAUAUAUAUACAUAUAUAUAUAUAUAUAUAUAUAUAUAUAUAUAUAUAUAUAUAUAUAUACACACAUUCCCAGCGAGAAAUGUAUGUAUUAAACGAUAUCCAUUAUUUUUGACGUUAUGCCGACUGGCGAGCAUGUUGAACUGUUAUCUCUUCGUGUUCGAGUUAACAGCUACGUGUCAUUGUUGUUAUUAUCCUGCCCGAGUCGAGCUGUGUAAUUGUGGAUUUUAUCAACUAAAUGCAUUCUACAAUCGUGUCUUACGCAGAAAACAACAGCGAUUUAUCAUGUAUACUAAGGUCAUACGCGGGUAAGGAUCGAUUCGUAAAUACACUGAAAGUAUCAAAGGAUGCUUAUAUUUGAGGAAAAAACUAGACGCGCCUAAUAAUAACUCCUUUUAUUA